AUGUGGGUCAAAUGCACUUAAUUUAUUAGUAGAUCUGAAAGGGAUUUGACCAACCAUUACUUUGAGGACAUUCGGAUCAAGAAUUGUAGUUUGAUAGGUGGGAAUUUUGUUAGAAGUAAUUUUAACGGAUCGGAAUUCGAGAAUGUAGAUAUUAGUGGAAUUAAUCUAAAUGGAGCUCUAUUAUUAAAUUGUAAGUGGAAGAAUAUUAAAAUCAACGAAUUGAAUUAACUAAAUGGUCAAAGUAUUUGCAUCAAUUCUGUAUGUUUCUCAUCAGAUGGAACUACUUUAGCAUCAGGUAGUGAUGAUAAAUCAAUCUUUUUAUGGGAUGUUAAGACAGGAUAAUAAAAAGCUAAAUUAGAAGGUCAUACGAGUUCUGUCCUAUCAGUAUGCUUCUCACCUGAUGGAACUACUUUAGCUUCAGGUAGUAAUGACAACUCAAUCCUUUUAUGGGAUGUUUAGACAAGAAAAAAAAAAACCAAAUUAGAAGGUCAUACAAGUUCUGUUGAUUCAGUAUGCUUUUCACCUGAUGGGACAAUUUUAGCUUCAGGUAGUGAUGAUAAUUCAAUCCUUUUAUGGGAUGUUUAGACAAGAAAAAAAAAAGCCAAAUUAGUUGGCAAUACGAGUUCUGUCCUAUCAUUAUGUUUCUCACCUGAUGGAACUACUUUAGCUAGUGGUAGUAAAGAUAAGUCUAUAUGCUUAUGGAAUGUUAAGACAGGAGAAAAACAAGCUUAUUUAGAAGGUCACAGUUCUUUGGUCGUAUCAGUAUGCUUCUCACCAGAUGGAACAAUUUUAGCAUCGGGUAGUUGGGAUAAGUCAAUCCUGUUAUGGGAUGUUAAGACAGGAUAGUAAAAAGCCAAAUUAGAAGGUCAUACGAGUUCUGUCUUAUCAAUAUGCUUCUCACCUGAUGGAACUACUUUAGCUUCAGGUAGUAAAGAUAAAUCAAUCCGUUUAUGGAAUUUUAAGACAGAAUAAUAAAAAGCUUAAUUAGAUGGUCAUUCUCGUACUGUCUUGUCAGUCUGCUUUUCACCAGAUGGAACUACUUUAGCAUCAGGUGGUUGGGAUAAAUCAAUCCGUUUAUGGGAUGUUAAGACAGGAUAAUAAAAAAUCAAAUUAGAUGGUCAUACGAGUUCUGUCCUAUCAGUAUGCUUCUCACCUGAUGGAACUACUUUAGCUUCAGGUAGUGUGGAUGACUCAAUCCGUUUAUGGGAUGUUAAGACAGGAUAAUAAAAAAUCAAAUUAGAUGGUUAUACUAGAUCUGUAUGCUUCUCACCAGAUGGAACUACUUUAGCUUCAGGUGGUUAAGAUAACUCAAUCUUUUUUUGGGAUGUUAAGACAGGAUAAUAAAAAGCCAAAUUAGAUGGUCAUAAGAGUUCUGUCCUAUCAGUAUGCUUCUCACCUGAUGGAACUACUUUAGCUUCAGGUAGUGUGGAUGACUCAAUCCGUUUAUGGGAUGCUAAGACAGGAUAAUAAAAAGUCAAAUUAGAUGGUCAUACUAGAUCUUUGUGCUUCUCAACAGAUGGAACUACUAUAGCAGGUAAUUAUGAUAACUAAUAUCGGAAAUGGGAUGAUAACUCCAUUCGUGUAUGGGUUGUUAAGACAGGAUAAUUAAAAGUCUAAUUGAAGGGUCAUACUAGAUCUGUUCACUCAGUAUGCUUUGCACCAUAUCAAACUAUUUUAGCAUCAGGUAGUGAUGAUAAGUCAAUACGUUUAUGGGAUGUUUAGACAGGAUAAUAAAAAGCCAAAUUAGAAGGUCAUACAGGUUCUGUCCUAUCAGUAUGCUUCUCACCUUUUGGAUCUACUUUAGCAUCAGGUAGUGAUGAUAAGUCAAUCCGUUUAUGGAAUGUCAAUACAGGAUAAUAAUAAGCUUAAUUAGAUGGUCCUUCUGGUUCUGUCUGCUCGG